AAUUAGUAGGGUUUCCUAUCUGAGAUUGCUCCUCAACAAUAAAUCGCCAUUUUUAGUUCUUUUAACACCCGCCACUAGCGCGAAGAAAAACAACUCCAGGAAGUACAUAGGGCACACUAAAAUGACCCGAGGAAAUCAGCGUGAACUCGCCAGGCAAAAAAAUCUUAAAAAACAACAACAAAGCAAGAAGCAGGCGACUGCAACUGGUAAGGAUGGAAACAAAGGUGUUACUUUAGAAGCUAGAAAGCAGAGAGAUGCCGAUAUUAUGAGGGAGAAGCAAAAGAAAAAGGAAGCUGCGGCUGCUAGUGCUGGUGCUACAGGUGGUGGAACUUCUGGAUAG